AUGUAUAGAAGCUCGAGUCUACUUCUCCGAGCGUUUUUUCGGCAAUGACAUGGACUUUGGUCACAAAGCCUUUUGGGAAUCCCUCGUCAAGAAACGUGCUGAAGUCGAAAGAUUCUUGUACUACGUCGAGACGCGGGGCUAUCAACUCAUCCUACAGGCACAGAAUGCGCUUUGGGUCUUGGAUCGCGACCCUGAUGCACACGAUCCAGGAGACUGCUCAGGAUAUGAAGGCGAAUCUCUUGUUCGUGAUGCCUCCUUCCAUUCUAUAGAGAGCGACCGGGAUGCAGCUAUCGACGAUCCUCUGGAGGCGGUACUGCGCGAGAAGUCUGUGGAAUUCCUGGAGAAGAUUAGGUCCCGUCUGGCCCGAUACUGCUGCACCCCUUCUACCUCCAGGUACCACGAUGAACGACUAGAAGUCAUAUACGCCUAUGUGCGCCGCGGAAUUUUCACGGAGCCAGCCCUCAUGUUCUUGUCUCAGAGCUACGACAGUGUCAUGGCGCUUCUCAAUGAUGACAACCUGGACCUAGUGACCUUGGAAAAGAUCUGGAAUGCUGUCAAGGCUCUGUGUGUCCACGAUAUCAGAGAUGCUGUGGACGACGUUCUGCGGGCCAACAGGGAAGGCGACUACGUGAUGGUCUUGGGGGGCAAGGUUUUCAAGGAGACCAGCGGUGAGGAAUGGCCUUUGCACGCCUGGGGCCACAUGAUGGCAAUCUACCAUUGUUACUCCUGCCUCCGCAUGGCGUGUAAGACGAUGGACGAAGUCAUUGCCAUGACCCGAUUUGCCUUGUUCUCCGAGACAGCCCUCUCCCAAUCGUGUGUCAAGUACGAAUACGGCUUCGACGGUGCGAAAGAACUGAUCUUGGCGGGUUUUAUUCCCAGCGACAUACCGCUCUCCUCACCUCGGCAUUCCAUCAUUUGCACGGAUAGUGGUUCUCAGUCGUUCGGGCUCAUGUGGGAGGAGACGAAGCGCAACCUGUCUCUGUACGGCUCUCUAUCUCUCAACGACGCUAAAGCACAAGCCUUUGUCAAUGGUUGCAUCCGACAUCCUGACCUCAUGGUCAUGUUGCGCAAGGGGGCAGACGGACGUGUCAUCCGCUCGCGGCCGGUGGUAUGGACCUCGCGGAAGCGACACGCGCGGAGCCGCUCAGCACUAGCAUCUGUACCAUGGGAGAAGACACGCGACGUCGUGCGCUGCGAGGACGAUGACCUGGAGGAGGCGCAACCCCCUGGGUGGAACCACGAGAAGAUCGCGGACUGCUUGAUGGUAGUGCUCGUUGAUAGCGGCGAGGGUAACAUGGGCGACUUUGUGCGUAAGCUGUUAGAGAUUUGGUGCCAGGUGUACCAUGUCAAGGAUAAGAAAGAGCUUUACUGUGCAUUGGAGACGACGUUCGUAGAGGCCGGGGAGCUCGAGCAGUGCACAUGUGGGCGACACGACAUCGCAUUCACGCCAUCAAUCACCCAAGGAAACGUGAUGAACGCGUAUGAGAGUUUGUGGGGGACGCCGCCGCCACCUUGGUUAAUAGAGAAUCCGAAUAGGUUCCGCCUGGCAACGGAUUCGUUUUGAAACGGGUCUGGAGUUUUCUUUACGACAAUCUACUUAUGCAGGAAAGCAACGAACUUGUAACAAGUUAAGUCAUUGGUUUCGUGGAUAUACUUG